AGUAAACGAUGAAUGACUGAGAAACUUCCUACUGGUCGAGCCGAGAGAGGAGGAUAUGGCGUCCCUGAACGUCACCACAGCUUCUCUAUCGCUCCGGCAGCCGGAAUUCCGCUCUGGCAGUGGCAAUCGCCGAUGCAUCAUCGGAAAUUUUCCUAAUCGGAGACCGACGGUCCCUCUCUCUGUCGCUGCAAAUUCUUCAGAGCCAUUGCUGUCGAGUCCUGCUGAAAAGCCUGAGAUCGAGCUGGAAUUUCUUGGGCCGAACCCGGGGAGCGAUGGAUCGUACCCGGUGGACACGGCCAAGGCGGUAAGCGGCGAGAAGCUCUUGAGGAAUAUUAUGCUGGAUAAUAAGAUCGAGUUGUACGCCCCCUAUGGAAAAUUGAUGAACUGUGGAGGUGGCGGAAGUUGCGGAACCUGUAUUGUCGAGAUAAUUGAUGGGAAUGGUCUAUUGAAUGAAAGAACAAAUACUGAACUCCGAUACCUGAAGAAGAAACCCGAAACGUGGAGGCUUGCUUGUCAGACAAUUGUUGGGAAUAAAGAGAACUCUGGCAAGGUUGUGGUCCAAAGGUUGCCGCAAUGGAAGAAGUGAUUUAGAGUUGCAUCAUUAUGUAGAGGCUGUGAUUUGUUGCAAAAGCAAGAGGGAUUAUGCUACACCAACCAGGACUCGCUUGAAGGCUGCUACUACUCAACAAAUUUGGUGGCUUGGCACUCAAAUACCUGCCUUCAACCCAACAAAUCUGUGGCUUGGCACUCAAAUACAAGACGCUCAAUAUUUGCUCCUGCUUUAACGUUUUGUAAGUUAAAUUUGUAUAUUUUGAAAAAUUUAGCUGAAAAAGGAGAUAGUGUCUUUUAGUAAUGUUUAUACUGGUACAUGUACUGUUUAUUCACACAUUCUUAUACUUCAUUAAUGAAAUAGAAUUGUGAAGGGAAAAA